AUGGCUGUCGCUUUGCGCACUGCUGCCCCGCUGAAACCGGAGAUCAGGCUGGCUCAAACGCUCUCUGAGUUUGAGUCAAUCCUCUCCGAUAGCCAAAAGCUCGGCCUUCGGGCAUACAAAAACCAGACCGCGCCAGAAACUACGGAUGUGAUGCGACUUACAGCGGAGAUUGACAGGAACAAUGGUCGACGGAGGUCUCGACGAUGUGUGGGUCCGCGAUUUUCCAGUAUCUUGCAAGCUGUCCAGCAAUUUUCCACCAUUGUCGACACCAUCGUUGGUGGCUCUCAGUCUCUGCUUGCAAGCGCCAUAUGGGGUGUGUUAAAGAUGACCCUCCAAAUCACUUCUAGCUUCACAUCCUAUUUCGAGAAUCUAUCGGUUCUCUUUAUGAACAUCGGACGGACUUGCCCACGGUUCCAGGAGUUCGGUUCCUUAUACCCUAGGUCGCAAAGUCUUCAGAGAGCGCUCUGUGAAUACUUCAUUGUCGUUGUCGAAUUGUGCAUGCGUGCGGUGCUCUUUAUCAAGAAGCCCUUCUUGUCUCAGAUCUCAUCCGCCAUCCUCGCGCCUUUUCAUUCGGAAUUUGGCAGCUUUGAGGUCGACCUUGCGCGAUUGGCGAAUGUGAUUAGGGACGAGGUAUCACUGGCAGCAAAACAAGAACAAAGUCUCGAAGUGAAGGAGAACUUGUCAUUUCGCACCCUUUCAGCAAAGCUCUCAGAAGGAGUGGCCCUUGAACUGGAGAAACUUAGGAGACUGAGAUAUCAACAGAGGAAAUCGGAGCUACUCAAUGCUUGUUCAGUCUACAACCACGAGACCGCUUGGAGACAAGCCCGGAAGUCGGGUACAAGCACCUGGAUCUUUCAACAAGACCUGUACAAGCAGUGUAUCCAAAGCUCAGAGUCCAGUGUCUUAUGGUGCACAGGAAUUGUGGGGUCUGGAAAGACUGUCCUGUCCGCCAAUGUGGUUGAGAACACUGUCAUGGUGGCGCCCGCCGCUGUCGUCAGUUAUUUUCUCUGUCGGUACGACGAAACAGAGUCCUUGAAAGCAAAAACAGUGGUUGGCAGCCUGGUGCGGCAACUUUUAAGUUCGUUGAAACCGGAAACAUUCGAUACUGUUGACUCGAUUCAUACGAACAUGCUAGACACUGAGCAAGUUAUGGACCUUCUCGAAAAGUUACUUCCUGUGGGUCCACAAUUCUACUUCAUUAUCAUCGACGGGCUAGACGAGUGUCCGGAGGAUGAAUCGGAAACAAUUUUCAAGUUCAUACGCACCUCGCUCACCUGGAAACACGUCUUCCAUGUCUUCUUCACGAGUCGGCCAGAUCUCUACCACAAAGCUUUCUCAGUACUUCCGCAGUGUCACCAUAUACCACUACCGGAUUCAAACCCUGAGAUUGAAAUGUAUAUUGAGAGCGCUUUAGAGGAACGACUCGAGUCCGGCAUGCUCCGCAUUGGAGAUCCCACAAUUAUUUUGUCCAUUCAAGAUGCCCUAUUGAAAGGGAGCCAAGGAAUGUUUCUCUGGGUUGUCUUUCAGCUCGAUUCCAUCUGCUCCCAAGCUACCGACGAAGACAUACUUGCCGCACUGAAGUCUCUCCCCAAGGACUUGCCAGAAACCUUCAGUCGUAUCAUCAGAAAGCUAGACCAGAGCAAUGCUGCCAGUACGGAACUUUACAAGAAGAUGUUCGAGGUCGUCGCCGCCGCCCAACGUCCUCUCACGGUCGAGGAGCUUCGCGAGGCUGUGAGUGUCGUGCCUGGAGUAAGGUCUUGGCAACCCCAAAAGCUGGUCAAUGAUAUGCUCAAAGUACUCUACAGCUGUGGUAGCUUACUCGUCGUUGACGAAGAAUGUUCGACCGUGCAUUUCGCUCACCACAGUGUCAAGCAAUUCUUUCUGUCCGACUCUGCAGAUGAGGUGGUCAGACGAUACCACGUGGACGCAUCAAACGCGGAUCUGAGCUUAGGAGAGGUCUGUGUGACGUACCUGAAUUUUGAGGUGUUUGGAAUGCAACUCGAGAAGAUCAACAACUCCGCAUUCCCGGAACUGAUUCACUUGCCAUCGGUGGUAUUAACCUCGGCCCUACCUCAAUCAAUAGUGACCAAAUUGGCGAUAAAGCUCCUCAGAGGACGAGAGAGACGACGGUACGAUUGGAAGUCGCAGCUGGACCUGGUGGGCCGGUCCACGGAGGAACAACUCAAACCGCACCCGCCUGGGCUGGUAACUUGUUAUGAGUUAUGGUGCGAUCUGGUCGACGACAAGCUCUCCUACGUGGAUCUUCCAUGGAGUCCCGUGGAUCUUCCAUGGAGUCCUUACCUCAACCUCGACAUCCUAGGAUGGGUUGCGGAAAAUGAACAUGGAGCCCUUCUUCACCACUUACUCCAGAGAACGCUAGAAAUCCCUACAAACUCGCACCUUUGGGAUCUGUUUCGGACGGGUUCCCAAUCCGUCCUAUUGAACACACUCUUCGGGCUGUUGACAGUACGUGCUCUGAGCUUCAACGCCGACGCAAAAUCCUACGGGCUAGCAGUGAUACUCGCAGCACAGACGCAUAAGACAGAAUACAUUCCAUCUCUGCUCGAGAAGGGUUCUGAUGCCCAACGCAACGUGGUCAAGCCCCCACGACUGCCAUUUGCGGUGUCCGGUUCUUUGGGAGCCCGGAAGCCGCUUCUGUCACCCGACAAUCCUCUUGUGAAUUCGACAGAUUCGAAGAGCUGGACAGCCCUUAUGUGGGUGGCAGCCGAGGGGGAUCUUGAACUCGUCCGGCUGUUGCUCUCGCAAGAUGGCAUAGACGUGAGACAUCAUACAACUGACGGCACCAAUGCACUGUCCUUGGCGAUUGAUGGUGGCCAUUUGGACAUAGCCAGACUGUUGUUGGAGCAGGUCGACUAUGCCUGGGACGAUGUUAUGAUAUCUAAAAUUCUACUCUCCGCGGCGGAGAGAGGAACAAAGGAUAUAGUGACCGAGAUGCUAACCCGGACGAGAGUCGAUAUCAACUCAAGAGAUCCCGAUGGCUCCACACCAUUGAGUCGAGCAGUUAUAUCCCAGAACGAAGGAGUAGUUAACGCACUAUUGGAAUAUCCUGGUAUCGACGUCAACGCGAGAGACAGUGAACGCAGGACACCCUUGAUGAGCACAAUCCAGGACCACCCUUUCGAGUAUUCAAUAGUUGACGCACUAUUGUCACAUCCUAAUAUCGACGUCAAUGCGAAGAACAAUGAAAUGGAGACACCCUUGAUGGUCGCAAUCCAGUCCGGCCGUUUCAAGCAUCUAAUAGUUGACGCAAUAUUGUCGCAUCCUAAUAUCGACGUCAACGCGAAGGACAAUGCAGGGGAGACACCAUUGAUGGUCGCAAUCCGGUACGAGUCUUACAAGCAGUUAAAUGCAAUUGACACACUAUUGUCACGUCCCGAUAUUGAUGUCAAUGCGAAGAACAAAGAAGGAAUGACAGCACUCCUGGUGGCCGUUUCUCGAGAUAGACGGGGUGUCCUUAAGCAGCGUGUUGAGCAGUUAGUUGAGAAGCUGGUUGAGCGGCCCGAUGUGGACCUGCUGUGGCGAGACAACUCUGGAAGGUCAGCAAAAGCGAUCGCUGAAAGUAUGCGUCACAAGAAACUCAUCCAGUUGAUUGAGUCUGCUAUCGAGGCGCGCUAUCGAGCGGUGCCAAUUCACACAGACGCUCCCGGUGACUCUACCGAGCUGGGCCGAUCAUGA